GUUGAUGUUGUAUUCCAUUUCCUGCUAUCUCAGGAUAGAUCUAUAGUUAUAUCAGUCCUCUUAUCUUGAUCUGUUGAACUGAGGAAUGCGAGGUAAAUCGUUUCGAUACAAAUGACUGUUACUCUCCGUCAGAGAUGCAGUGUGGACUUAGAACUUUGUCAGUGAGUGUUUGUCUCUUAGCUAUCAAUACUGCCAUUCGACCUGUGCAAGUUACGUUGUAGAUAGAACUUCAAAGUUACACUGUAGGUAGGUAGACGCGAAUAUGCCGCUGCAAAAGGCUAUGGAGAAGGAAUCGUUAAGUUUUAAUCAACUGUGCACGAUUGAGAGCUUCGAGGAGGUUUGGAGUCAUUACGGUUAUAAGAGUGACUUCAAAGACGUAAUAGAACGGGAGUUCUCAAGGAUUAAAGGUACAGUACUUUGUGCGUGGGGCUUCAGUCACAGUGCCAAACUUGUUUAAAGUUAGUAAAUCAAUUUAUGCUGAUUCAACGCAAACCGGGGCUGUACAUUUUAACACAGGCCUACUGUAUAUGUUGUGUCAUUAUGGCAAUACGUCUACUUACCACUAAGUGGUGCAAGUGUUGUUAUUAGAUGCACAUAAGGGAUUAUCCACAUAGAAACUCAUUACCAAGAUUUCUCAAACUCCAAAAACCAACUUUUUGACAGGCAUUACAUACCUGGAUCAUGCUGGAACAACGCUAUAUCCCGAGUCACUGGUGAGAGAAUUCUAUCAGGAUAUCUCCAGGAAUGUAUAUGGUGAGUCUUUCCCCAUACCAAAUAUAAUUAGCUACAACUGAUAUAAUGUGCUGAGUAGUUAAAAGUGUAAAAAAUGGACAUAAUUCUAUUAAAGGGGCAAUCUGGGAUUGCUACAUACAUUUUUAGACUGUUUAUGUAAAUGAACCCUUGUUUUCAUUAACGAGUUAAGUACUGGCCAUUGCAUGUCAAUUGUAUUGCCAUUUAAGCGUAUUAUUAACACUGUUUAUUGAGAAUUGACCUGUUUAAAGUUGUAUGCCAGGCUAGGGCAGGUCCUUUUAGGAUCUGUGACAUUUUAGUCAUUAAGGAGAUGCUGUUAUCCAUAGCAAUUUACAGGAAUAAUUCCGGUUAAGUGCCUUGCCAGUAAUCGACAGAUUCUUCACCUAGUCAUCUCGGAGGUUCGAACCAGCGACCUUUCGAUUACUGGCCCUACGCUCUUAACCGCUAGGCCCUACGCUCUUUACCUCUGCCAAACUCAGAUGUGAGUUUAUGGGCGUUUUGCCCUGUGGUUAAGAUGUUAUCCCUUAGUCCUCUAAUCUCAGUAUUCUUUUUGUUAAAAAAAGUAUUUUUGUCAACUAUUUUUCCUAAUACACUUUGUAAAUACUCAACUUUGUAUCCAGUCUUCUUCGUCACGUCCUGCACUGUAAAUAAAUACCUCCUAUUUUUGCACCUGGACCUCCUACUCUGAGACUGUUGCUGCUCCACACCAACUAAAUAGGCUUCCGGGUCCUCUAUUUUAACACCCUUUCAAAGGCUGAUAAUCCAUCGUACUUGGCUUUGUGUUUUCUGUUUAUAUAUAUAUAUGAAUACACCUGUAUCCUGAUUAAUAUAUUAUUCAAUUAUUUUAAUAUUUUUGUCUUUAGGCAACCCUCACAGCCAUAACCCCAGCAGCAGACUGACACAUGACACAGUGGAGCAUGUCAGAUACAGGUAGCUAAAGCCUCUCCUUUCACAGAAAGAAAUACUCAUCAUUAUUCCAUCCGAAUGAAUGUGACUGUGUGACCACUUAUUUAUGCCAUCCUAUUGAGGAUAUGUCCUGAACAGAAAUGUAUUUUCUUGCAGGAUAUUGCAGCAUUUUAACACCACUCCUGACAAAUACUCCGUGAUUUUCACCUCUGGCUGUACGGCAGCGCUCAAAUUAAUCGCUGAGAGCUUUCCCUGGAGGCCUCCCACUGCUGCGGAGCCAGCCAGUCAGUUCUGCUAUCUGACUGAUAACCAUACCUCGGUGGUCGGUAUAAGAGGAGCUACUUCAGCACUAGGAGUAGUUCCUCUACCUGUCUCCCCCGAGGAGAUAGAGGCCAGAGCCAAAGAUGUAGCCCAGAGUGAAGGCAGCAGUUGCCAGACACCACACCUCUUCUGUUAUCCAGCACAGAGCAAUUUCUCUGGCAGAAAGUACCCCCUGGGGUACGUGAGGGGCAUCCAGGCGAGGAAGCUCUACCCAGCUUGUGACAGCCAGGGCCGGUGGUUCGUCCUGCUGGAUGCUGCCUCUUUCGCCAGCUGCUCUCCGCUGGAUUUGCAGGAGCACCCAGCGGACUUUGUUCCCCUCUCCUUCUAUAAGAUGUUUGGCUUCCCCACAGGUUUAGGGGCUCUUCUGGUCAGGAAUGAUACAGCUGCCCUCCUAAGAAAGGCAUACUUUGGUGGGGGGACAGCAGCGGCCUACCUAGCGGGGGAGAACUAUUAUGUGCCAGCCCCAAAUAUGGCUAACCGGUAAACUAUUCCAUGAAAUGUUAGUAUGGAUGUGAAUGCAGCCAGGCUUAGAGAGAUAAUAUUGUAUUGUUUGAUACUUUUUGGGGGAUAAACCUUGUUGUUUGUUUUCUAUUAAGGUUUGAAGAUGGCACCAUCUCUUUCCUGGACAUCAUUGCUCUAAAUCAUAGUUUUGAUGCUCUCCACACGCUCACAGGUAUGUACAUAUGGAUAAUUGAUAGGCACAGAUGAAACAAAAUGAAGUCGCUAUUCUAAUGUGUCAAUAUCAUCUGUCAUUACAUUAAGUAUCAAAGUAAGUAUAAUUAAAUUGGUUGAGUGGUUGUUCAUUACAUCAAUUUGACAGAAAUAUUUUGAACAUCAGUAAGGAGUGGACCAAUAUGCUACAGAGAUUGAAUUGAGUCAAUAAAACCCUUUAGACUAUUGUAUUGCAACCUUGUUUCCUUGUUUUCACCUUUAGGAGGCAUGGACAAGGUCCAGCUGCAUACAUUUGGUUUAGCACGCUAUACUUACAUGUUGCUGUCUAGUCUUUGCCAUGGCAACGGACAACCAGUGGCUCAGAUAUACUCCGACAGCGAGUUUGAGAACCCGAGCACGCAGGGAGCCAUCCUCAACUUCAACUUGAUGGACUGUCACGGACAAAUAAUUGGAUACUCUCAGGUUCACUCAAAUGAGCCUAUUUUAUUCACUACACCCUACAGUGUUUUCAUUUAUUAAUUUCAAACAUCCGAAAAAUGUGAAAGGGGAAUUUACCAAGUAAAUUCAUAAUUAACAUAGCCUGUGUAUUAUGAAUGCAAUAAAAAAUGUUGUCUCAUAUUCCUGCUGAUUGAUUACAAUUUCUAACCAUUUUCCUUUUUCUCUUCUCAGGUGGACAAGCUGGCUAGUCUUUUCAAUAUCCAUGUGCGGACAGGUUGCUUCUGCAACACAGGUGCCUGUCAACUCUUCCUUGGUAUCACUAAUCAAGAGGUGAAGAGCAACCUACAGGUAAGUAGUGAAUUUGAGAUGUCAUUGCAUGUGUGUUUGUGCAAAAGACAAUAAAAGACGAUAAAGAUAAUUAUUUAUCCUAAUAUACUGUUGUCAUGUCCUCUCCUGUGUUCUUCAAGGCGGGUCAUGUCUGUGGAGACAACAUAGACCUGGUUGAUGGCCGUCCAACAGGAUCUGUGCGUGUAUCCUUCGGCUACAUGUCAACCUUCCAGGACUGCCGAAACUUCUUGAACUUUGUUGUGGACUGCUUUGUGGAGAAACCAGUCAAAGUGGACCAAGAGAAACUAGACAGACUGAAAUCGAACACCUCGUCUAAAGAUUCCAGUCAGUGUCUGCUUACUAUGCUUACCAAUGAGAAACCUAACCACAUAGACAAUAGAGAGCAAGCCUCUACAGAUCCAGUUGUGAACGAAUAUGGAGGCGUGGCCAUCACCAAGGAAGCAAAGAGCCAUGGGAAGGCCCAGUAUCUGACUAACAUCUACAUAUAUCCAAUCAAAUCCUGUGCAGCGUUUGAGGUUUGAACACAUUUCUCUUUCAAUAUUGUUUUGCUCUCAUUAAAUCUACAAUGCAAAUUAUGAUAGUUCUCCAAUACCCAUGUUAUGUUUGGAUAAAAGUCACAGAGAUCUACCUGUUGUUGGAUAUUAGUGGUAAGAAUGAAUAUUUCAUCAACUAAAAACAUUUACAUUUACAUUUUAGUCAUUUAGCAGAUGCUCUUAUCCAGAGCGACUUAAAGUUAGUGAGUGCAUACAUUUUUCAUACUGGCCCCCCGUGUGAAUCGAACCCACAACCCUGCCGUUGCAAGCGCCAUGAUCUACCAACUGAGCUACAGGAGGCCCAAUUACAAUGUGUGUGCCAAGCAGUCUACUGUAUCAAUUGACUUCUCACUUCUUCUGUGUUUUAAUUGUGAUGUGUGUUUAUGCAGGUGACUGACUGGCCAGUGGGCCCUCUGGGUCUGCUCCAUGACCGGGGCUGGAUGGUGGUGAAUGGUAAUGGAGUGUGUCUGAACCAAAAGAGAGAACCACGCUUAUGCCUCAUUCAUCCACAGAUAUACCUUCCCUCGAACACACUGCUCCUGCAGGCCUCAGGUCAGACAUUAUAAAUAUAUACUUUUUUUUUGUGACAUUCCAGGAAUCUUUAUUCAGCAGCACCCCUCACAUAUGUUUCAGUCAUAUGAGAAUAGUUCCUCUUCUCUUUCAGGAAUGGACACUAUUUCUGUCCCUUUGGAAAACCACAAUGAGCCACACCAGAGUCAUAGGGUGUGUCAAAGCAAGGUGUGUGGUGACAGGUGAGUAAAAAAAAAAUAUAUAUAUAUAUUAAACUACUAGCUAUGUCUUUGUAGAAAAUCUAUAGAGUAGGCUUGAAAGACAUGUAUGAUCAGUGUCAGGAAUGAAAUACAGUAUUUAUUUUGAUGCAUUUUUUCCAUAAUCAUUGGUCUACCACAAGUCUGCCACAUUGACUUCAGAUGGUAUAACAGAUCACUUAAAAUAAGCAUAAUUUACCAUCACCUUGAUUCAGAAAUGUCGUAAUGGUUCUUGUAUUCUCUCCUUCCCAAGGGUGCAAACUGUGGAUUGUGGCGAUGAAGCUGCAUCAUGGCUAUCAGAGUUCCUUGGACAGCCUUGUCGUCUGAUAAUGCAAAGUCCUGAUUUCAUUCGCAACAUGAAAAAGAGCCAUGAAAAAGGUGAAAGGGAAAUGUCCUUGGUAAACUUAAGUUCAGAUACCAUACUAGGGUAUCCAUCAUAAUGGUUUCUUCAGUAAUUCGUAUUGUCUGCAAAAAUCUAUUUUGUAUGCAUGCAUGUUGGAAUUUACUUUACCCCAAUGGGAUCUCUUUGCUCUCUUAAAUUCAUAAUGAUUUAGACUUUUUUGUCAUUGCCCCAGAGGUCUCAUCCACUGCCCUCUCCUUGGUGAAUGAAGCCCAGUACCUAAUGAUCAACCAUGCCAGUGUUGAUUUGCUUCAGAGACACAUCACCAGCAGGUACAGUAUGACAUGUUAUUAUGCCUAAGGGCCUCACACAUUCCUGGUGGAGGACAUUUGGAAUUUGUGACAUACUAAAUGACACAGUAUGUAGGCCUAGUGAAUUACAUGUACAAAGAUCGUCAUAGGUAAACCAUUAUUAUUGAUUAAUGGGAACCAUCCUUUCUUCGUGUUCCUUGUGGUUUAUCUAACCACUAUGGGGACAGACAGGAAUCCUCUGAUGACCAUCAGCCUCUUGACAUCCAGCAGCUUAUUGGUCGGUUUCGUGCCAAUUUAGUCAUCUCUGGAUUGGAGCCAUUUGAGGAAGAUGAUUGGUCACACUUGAUUAUUGGAAGCACCCAUUUCCAGGUGAGGAUGCAGAUUGAUUUUCAUAUAUGGUGACACUUAUUACUCAAAUGGUAACAAAAAGCUUUAACUGUAACAACUCUUUGUAAUAUGACGUGAAGGUGGCAGGUCGGUGUGGCAGAUGCCAGAUGAUCGGGGUUGAUCAGAGCACAGGAGCCAAGACCAAGGAGCCUCUUCUGUCUCUCUCUGCCUAUCGCAAGGGGAAGGUCAGUGGGCGGGGGGGGGAGUUUGCAUUUAAUUUCAAAGUGUGACAAUAUGUUCCAGGGUUGGUGUGUGUUGAGUUUUCAGAUAGUCCAUACCCCAUGACACAUCAUCUGACUUACUACUGGGUCGACUUCAUUUGCAACGGGGGUGGGGGGGGGGGGGGGAGUUUGCAUUUAAUUUCAAAGUGUGACAAUAUAUUCCAGGGUUGGUGUGUGUUGAGUUUUCAGAUAGUCCCUACCCCAUGACACAUCAUCUGACUUACUACUGGGUCGACUUCAUUUGCAACGGUCCGUGUCAUUGACCUUAGAUCAAAGGUAGCCAGAGUACAUAAAAAACUAGAACAUUAACUACAAAGAAAACACACAGCAGAGUAUUCAAUAUACAGUAUCCCUUAUCCCCAAAGGACCCCAUUUUGGAUACAUCUCUAGACUUGUUGUCUGUUGUUCUCACUGCCAUUUUGCCCAUUCAGUGAGUAUGCUGUAAAUGUGUUGUUUUGUGAUUGUUUUUUAGGUGACCUUUGGUGUGUACCUUGUCCACAAAUCACUGGAUGACUCUAAUGCAACCCUAUCUGUUGGCACUUCUGUAAUGUCUCAAUGGUCAGGAUGAGGUUACCAUUUCCAGAUGUGUUUUUAUUUGUCUGGACUCCAAAUUAUUUUAAGCAAACAUUGUUAGGGUACCAUUUUAAUUCAAGUCUUUGCAUAUUGUAGGAAGACAACCCAGGUAAUAACAGAGCUCAUAUAGACCAAAGUGUAAAUCAAUUACUGUACCUUUUUAGUUUACAUGAUUUGAAUGUUUAGUAAAUAAACC